CACCGGCUGCCGCCGCGCCGAUCGCCGCCGGAGAGGAGGGGGCGGGCCCGGCAGCCGGGCCGGCUGAGGCGGGAGGCGCGGGGCGGCGGGCCGGCCGGCCGUGAGGCGAUGAGGAGCCGCAGCAACUCGGGGGUGCGCCUGGACGGCUACGCCCGCCUGGUCCAGCGGACCAUCCUCUGCCACCAGAAUCCAGUUACGGGGCUGCUUUCAGCCGGUACGGACCAUAAAGAUGCCUGGGUACGGGACAACGUCUACAGCAUCCUGGCUGUGUGGGGGCUGGGGAUGGCUUAUCGGAAGAAUGCGGACCGGGAUGAGGAUAAAGCCAAAGCCUACGAGCUUGAGCAGAACGUUGUGAAGCUUAUGCGGGGACUCCUUCAGUGCAUGAUGAGACAGGUAGACAAGGUAGAGAAGUUCAAACGCACACAGAGUACCAAGGACUGCCUACAUGCCAAGUAUAACUCUGCAACUUGUGCCACAGUGGUUGGGGAUGACCAGUGGGGACAUCUACAAGUGGAUGCAACCUCCCUUUACCUGCUCUUCUUGGCACAGAUGACUGCAUCAGGGUUGCGUAUUAUCUUCACCCUUGAUGAAGUUACCUUUAUUCAGAAUCUUGUUUUUUAUAUAGAAGCUGCCUACAAAGUUGCUGAUUAUGGAAUUUGGGAACGUGGUGAUAAGACAAACCAGGGCAUCCCUGAACUGAACGCGAGCUCCGUAGGGAUGGCCAAAGCCGCUUUGGAAGCAAUUGAUGAACUAGAUCUUUUUGGAGCUCAUGGAGGACAUAAAUCAGUGAUCCAUGUUCUUCCUGAUGAAGUAGAACAUUGUCAGUCAAUUCUAUACUCCAUGUUGCCGAGGGCAUCCACCUCAAAGGAGAUAGAUGCUGGCCUUCUCUCUAUUAUUUCGUACCCGGCUUUUGCAGUGGAGGAUCUAAACCUUGUUAAUGUGACCAAGAGUGAAAUCAUAUCCAAAUUGCAGGGUCGCUAUGGCUGCUGUCGCUUUCUCCGAGAUGGUUACAAGACACCCAGAGAGGAUCCAAGCAGACUGCACUAUGAUCCUGCUGAACUCAAGCUCUUUGAGAAUAUUGAAUGUGAGUGGCCGGUGUUCUGGACAUACUUCCUAAUUGAUGGAGUAUUUAAUGAGGACAAAAUUCAGGUACAAGAGUAUAGAGAGGCUCUGGAAGGAAUACUUAUUAGAGAGAAGAAUGGAAUCGUGCUGAUGCCUGAACUGUAUGCGGUCCCUCCAGAAAAGGUGGACGAGGAAUAUGAAAAUCCUCAUUCAGUGGAUCGUGUCCCAGUGGGAAAGUUGCCUCAUCUUUGGGGCCAAUCAUUGUAUGUCCUCAGCUGCCUAUUAGCAGAGGGAUUUCUUGCUGCGGGUGAAAUUGAUCCCUUAAACAGGAGAUUUUCCACUGGAUUUAAACCUGACGUUGUGGUACAGGUAACUGUUCUGGCAGAAUCUAAUCAAAUUAAGAAUCUCUUGCAAGACCAUGGAAUCAACGUGCAGAGCAUUGCUGAUAUCCAUCCUCUCAGAGUGCAGCCAGCUCGCAUCCUGAGUAACCUCUAUACCAUGCUGGGCCGGAACAAGAACAUGAAAUUAAGUGGACGGCCACACCGACACAUUGGAGUGUUAGGCACCUCCAAGCUGUACAUGAUAAGAAAUCAAAUAUUUACUUUUACCCCUCAGUUUACUGACCAGCAUCACUUCUAUCUGGCUCUAGACAAUCAAAUGAUUGUGGAGAUGCUCAAGACAGAGCUGGCUUAUCUCACUUCUUGUUGGAGGAUGACAGGGAGACCAACCCUGACGUUUCCCAUCACCCACACAAUGCUUGUUGAUGAUGGUACUGACAUUCAUCCAGCAGUUCUUGCCACCAUAAGAAAAUUAGAGGAUGGUUAUUUUGGAGGUGCAAGGGUGAAGAUAGGCAAGCUAUCAGAUUUUCUUACCACCUCUUUCCAUACACAUCUGAGCUUCCUGGAUCCAGACUGUGACGUAAAACUGUUUGAUGACCCUAACGAAGGCCGAAAUAGUCCUGACAGUGAAUAUGGAGGCUAUCCAGCAGACUUCUGUGAAAAAGAAAGCCAGGAUGAGCUGGAUCAGUAUAUAAAUGAUGUCCUGCAGAGUACAGCACUGAAGUCAUACCUGCCUCCUACUUCAAAGACUGCUAAUCAACCACCUGUGUUCAGUGCAAACCAUUCUACAAAAGAAAUACUGUCAAUAAUGGCCAAGACAAAGGGCUUGGAGGUUCCAGAUGUGUCUAUGUCUCUGCCCACUAAAGUUCUGAACACACACCGGAAGUCUCUGAACCUUGUUGAUAAUCCCCAUUUCUUUGAGACAAAGGACUGUGAAAAUGCUCUGCACUUACCUAAAGAUGCUCAUGGUGAUUUGGAUUGCAGGCGGCUUGUUGAGCAGCUAAAGGAAUGCCCAACGCUCCAUGAUCAAGCAGAUAUCCUAUAUAUCUUGCAUAUAUUAAAAGGUGCUGACUGGGACACGGAGCUGGAUGGACAGUAUGGUGUCACUGUCCAUUGCCUACUCAACGAGCUCUACAGAAAGGCAGGCCUCAAUCAAGAGUGGGGCUUGAUCCGUUACAUUUCCGGUAUACUCAAAAAGAGAGUGGAAGUCCUGGCCGAGGCAUGCACAGACCUUCUGUCGCACCACAAGCAACUUACAGUGGGCCUGCCACCAGAACCCCGGGAGAAAAUCAUUACCGCCCCACUGCCACCUGAGGAGCUCACAGAUCUUAUUUAUGAAGCAAGCGGCCAAGACAUCAGUAUUGCAGUCCUGACACAGGAGAUAAUUAUGUACUUGGCGAUGUAUGUCCGCUCACAGCCCAGUCUUUUUGUGGAGAUGCUCAGGCUUCGCAUUGGUCUGAUCAUUCAGGUGAUGGCCACUGAGCUCGCUCGGAGUCUGAAAUGCUCAGGUGAAGAAGCUUCAGAGAGUUUGAUGAACCUAAGUCCCUUUGAUAUGAAAAAUCUCCUACACCAUAUUCUCAGUGGAAAAGAGUUUGGUGUGGAAAGAAGCUUGCGACCUGUAGAUUCCUCUUCAUCUAGCCCUGCAAUUUCUAUUCAUGAAAUGGGGCAUUCUGGAGCAACCAAAACAGAAAGAAGUGGUAUUACUAAAUUGAAGAGUGAGUUGAAGCAGUUCUGUCAUGAGGGCCGCUCCAUGUCCAGCAGCAUGUUCGCUCCCAGGAGGGGCAGUACUCCAUCAUCUCCCACGAGUACUUCUCCUCCUGGCUCCAGUGGAGACACGAGCUGGGGUGACAGAAAAGGGCAGUGGUUGCGCAGGAGGAGGCUUGAUGGUGCUAUUAACAGGGUUCCCGUUGGCUUUUAUGAGAAAGUGUGGCAAAUCCUUCAGAAGUGCCAUGGUCUGUCCAUCGAUGGGUAUGUCCUUCCUUCUUCAACCACCAGAGAGAUGACCCCGUGUGAAAUCAAGUUUGCCGUGCACGUGGAGUCGGUGCUGAACCACGUGCCCCAGCCCGAGUACCGGCAGCUCCUGGUGGAAGCUAUUCUCGUCCUCACCUUCCUCUCCGACAUCGAGGUGAACAGCAUCGGGGGCAUCAUCCACGUGGAUCGGAUCGUGCACAUGGCCAAUGACCUCUUUCUGCAGGAGCUGAAAUCCUUCGGAGCUACCGGUAGUAUCUUGGAGAAAGACACAGCCACAGGAAUUUGCCACUUCUUUUACGACAGCGCUCCCAGUGGGGCCUAUGGCACCAUGACGUACCUAACGAAAGCCAUAAUUAUUUAUUUACAUGAUUUCCUGCCUAGCACGGGCUGUGCGAUGCAGUGAGCGGUGCCUCAUGGGGGAGGGAAGGCUCGGAAGCUCUUUCUCCCCAUUUUCCCUCUCCUGAACCUCCUGUUUAGUUGCCGCGUGUUUGUGUGCUGUGCACUACCUCAGCGCUUCACACCAGUCCUCCUGCUACCUGCCCACCUACCUACGGGGGACAGGUGGGUGGAAUUUGGCCUGGUUUUAAGAGAGAAAUAACAAAUAACGAGGCUUAUUCUGCCCGAAGUGCAGAAAUGUAAUUCAUAUUAAAUUAGCAAGAAUUAUACAGUUCUGCCGAGGGGAAAACAGAUUACUCUGUGGAGAUCAAAAGGCAUAAUAAAACGAGGGAGCUGUAUCUUGGGCAUAAAGUCUCCCAAAUAAGGGAAGUGAUGGAAUUCAUUAAUUUUUGGCCUGCUGUGUGUAAAUGUACAUCAUUGUGAAUCGCUAAUGCACAGUGUGAAACAUCCAGGGAAAUGUAAAUUAGAGGGAUAGGAAUACCUUGAAAUAACCAGGUGAUAUUUCUAAUACACGUUUAUCCUGAUUCUCAUCUCACUUGUGCCUGUCAGUGCAGGGCUAAUGCCGGUAGAGACAAUUGUCUUACAACAUCCACUAAUUGGAGAGGAUGGCCUCUCUCAGGAAGCUGCAUCUGUCUUUAAUCUGAACAAAAUAGCUUCCUUCCCUGCAUCCCCGAGGCUUUGGAGGCGAAAUCUCAAGACUCCAGCUUCUCCAAGGUGACAGACAGUUUUAUGCCUGUAAUCCCUUCCUCUGAAUGGGGCAAGAUAAACCUCUUUCACUCGA